AUGCCAAAUCAUCCACAGCAUGGCAAAAAGACAUUUGGGAUCCGACAAACUUCAUUACAGGAGCCCUCGACCUCACCAGCGGAUACUAGCCCCGAAAUUCCAUACGUUACUAAACCACGACAACACCUUUCCAGUAAGGCCCAGGCAGAGGCUCUCAACUUAUCUGGCAUUCAGUAUCCUGACGGCACAGCCAAGAAAACUUGGGUUUUUGGAUACGACCGAAAGGGGGAUGAUAUCAAAAUCGAAGAGGUGUUGCAGAGCAGUGAUCUUGAGCUUGCCGUCCUUAGCUCUUUCCAGAUAGAUGCAGAUUGGGUCAUUAGCAAGCUUGAUGUUAAGACAAAGGUCGUUUGGGUUCUACAAGCAAAGGAUGAAGCUCAAAAACAGAAUUGGGCUUCCGGAGCCCCCAAACACUUCCGCUUCUGCUUUCCGGCUAUGGAUGGCAAUGUAAAUUGUAUGCACUCCAAGCUAAUGCUAUUGGCUCAUAAAACCCACCUCCGAGUCGUAAUUCCAUCAGCAAAUCUGACACCUUACGACUGGGGCGAAACGGGUUGUCUGGAAAAUAUCUGUUUUCUGAUUGACCUUCCGCGGCUCCCAGAUGGGCAGGAGACGGACCUCAAGAAACUCACGCCAUUUGGGGAGGAGCUGCUUCACUUCUUACGCGCAAUGGGCCUUGACAAACCUCAAAUCGAGAGCAUGAGGAGGUUUGAUUUCUCUCGAACAGCCCACCUGGCCUUUGUCCAUUCCAUUGGAGGAUCGCACCAUAUUGGCAUGCAGAUGUCAACAACAGGGCUUUGUGGCCUUGGCAAAGCGGUUCGAGACCUCGGCUUGAAUACCGAAGAUGAACUCAAUAUUGACUUUCUGGCUGCAUCCAUUGGCCAUCUUAACGAAAAUUUCCUGAAGUCCAUGUACUUAGCAGCGCAAGGUGACGACGGCUUAACUGAAUAUGAAUGGCGCACCCAUAAACCCCCAAAGAAGAAGGGGUUGGAUUCUGAAGUGGAGCUUAGAGUUGCGGAUGGGGUGAGAAGCCGUUGCCGAAUCUACUUCCCCUUGCGCGAGACAGUGCAAAUGAGCAAGGGUGGCGUUGAUGGCGCUGGAACCAUUUGCUUUCAACCGAAAUAUUGGAAUUCCAGCACUUUUCCGCGAGCUCUCAUGCGGGACUGCAAAAGCCACCGAAAGGGCUUGCUGAUGCACAGCAAGAUGAUAUUUGUAAGGUCAGAGAGAGCGAAUUUACGUGGCCACGUGGCUUGGGCGUAUGUGGGAAGUCACAAUUUAUCUGAAAGCGCUUGGGGUCGUUUAGUGAAAGACAACACAACCAAAAAAGCCAAGAUCAACAUUAGAAAUUGGGAGUGUGGUGUUGUUAUUCCGGUACCAUCAUCUGCGCUCCCCGCAGAAACCUCGACAGGUGCUGGAGCCGGAGUCGCAGAUGGAUUUGAUAUGUCUGUCUUCGACGGAUAUAUACCAGUGCCCAUGGUUAUACCGGGAGAAGAAUAUCAAGGCCGGAGACCAUGGUUUUACAGCGAACAACAAGGAAAUUGA